AUGGCGACCUCCGCGGCGCCCGCGAGCGGCGCGGUCGCGCGCGCGCGCGCGGGCGCGUCCGCGUCUUUAUCCCGCGCGACGACGACGACGACGCAUCUCUCGCCGCGCGACGCCGCGCGCGCUCGCGGCCGCGUCGUCGCGUCGCGCGUCGUCCUCGCGCGCGCGGACGCGAACGACGCGCCGACGACGACGUCGGAGAACGCGCCCGCGCCCUCCUCCGAGCCGCGCGCCGCGAAGAAGCGCGACGACGACCGCGGCGACCGCAACCGCGGUCGCAACCGAAAACCGAGAGCGAAGAACCGCGCGUCGUCGUCGUCGUCGUCGUCGUCGCGCAUCGCGCGAGCCGCGGACGAGCCCAUCGUCUCCGGCGCCGCCGCCGCGAAGUUCAUGGGCACGAUCGACCUCGACGACGAGAUCGACGCGAUGGAGAUCUUCGCGAGCGCGGGCGCGCUCGCGCGCGAGAUGUCCUUCGUCGACGCGGGGGGCCCAAUCUCCGCGACGUUCAAAGGCACGAUCGACGACGGCGACCUCUCCGCCGCCCUGUUAUCCGUGGACGACGACGCCGUCGCGUCGUUCGCGUCGUCAUCGCGGCCGGGCGAGAGCGCCGCCGCCGCGACCGCGACGUUCAAGGGCACGAUCGACGACGGCGACGUCUCAAAUCUAUUCCCCGCGGCGAAAUCGAAAUCGCCGCCGCCGCCGGCGACGCUCGGCGGGCACCCCGAGCUCGCCUUUCUGUGCGACCCGCUCGCGGUGAAAUCCAUCGCGUCCGACGACGCGACCGACCCGAUCAACUCCGCGGAGGUCGUCGGGCGAUGCAACGACGUCGUGCGGCGGUGCAAGUCCAUGGACGACGUCCUCGCCGUCGUGCGCGAGAUGACCGCCGCAGGCGUCGCGCCGGCGGAGAGCACGUACUUCGCGGUGAUGCUCGUGUGCCGCAACGUCGCCGCGGUCGGGCCCGCGCGAGCGGUGGAGGUGUACGACGCCAUGAGGUUGAACGACGUGAAGGUGAACCGCCGGACGUACGACCUCGCGUUCGAGUGCGCGAUCCGAGGGAAACGCGUCGCGGACGCGAUGAGAAUGAAGGAGGACAUGCUCGCGGAGGGCGUGCCUGUCGGCGCGAAAAUGUACACGAGUCUGCUGCGCGCGCUCGCGGAUAACGACGUCGGGAAAAAGAAAGGGUCGAAGCACAGGCUGAUCCGCACGUGCAAGGUGUUCGAGGAGAUGCUGUCGACGGGCGUGGAGCCGCCGCCCGCGGCGUUCAACGCGCUGCUGCUCGCCGCGGGACGCGCGAAGCAGCCCGAUUUGGUCGCGCGGACGUUUGAAGAGAUGGUCGCGACGGGCGUCUCGCCGUCGAGGGAGACGUACGAGACCGCGCUGCACGCGGUCGCGGCGGGGGGGCUCGUGGACGUCGCGCUGGACGUGUUCGGAGCGAUGCGGAGGGACGGGUUCGAGCCGAGGAAGAGCACGUGCAACUCGCUUCUCGAGGCGUGCGCGAGCGCGCCGCAGCCGCGGGUUGAGCAGGCGUUUGAAAUUUUUUACGCCAUGACGGGCGACGGCGGGUUGGGCGUCGUGCCGAACCGCCGGACGUUCGCGCUGCUCAUCGACGCCGCGGUCAAGGCGGGUGAGCCGUCGUACGCGUUCGACGCGUUCGAGGCGAUGCGCGACGGCGGCGUGGAGGUGACGUUGACCACGUACAACCGUUUGAUACACGCGGCGCGCGGAAGCAAUAAGGGCGGGUCCAAAAAAGCCGUCGACGGACUCGCGACGGCGAUGAAACUCUUCGCUGAGAUCAAGGCGCGAGACGACGUCGAGCCGGACGAGUACACGUACGGCUCGCUGCUCGCCGCGUGCGCGUCUGCGGGGGAUUACGACGCCGGCGAGACGAUCCUCCGCGAGAUGACCGCCGCGGGAGUCGGACACAACCGCGUCACGCGCCACGCGACAAUCACGCUGCUGGGGAGGUGCGACAAGUGGAGAGAAGCGCUCGCGCAGUACCGCGCGCUCGUGGAGUCCGGCGCGCCGUGCGAGGGCGGCGGGAGGGAGGGGCGGGGCGUCGUCGUCGACGCGGACGCGGAGAAGAUUUCGGCGGGCGGCGACCCCAGCGCGCCCGAGUGCGCGCUGGGGUACGGACCGAACCGCGACUCGUACUCGUUGACGUUCGACGCGGUGUUGUCUCCGGGCGGCGCGGAAGCCGCGAUCGCGAGCGUCGCGCUGGAGGAGGGCGGCGGCGACGCGUUCAUUCACGGCGAGCGCGCGGCCGCCGCGCGCGCGGUCUACCGCGACGGCGUCCACGCCGGGGUGUACGACGAGCCGUCCGCGAGCGUCGACGCGUCGUCCUCGAGCGGCGGCGGCGGCGGCGGCGGCGACGCGUUGCGCGUCAGUUUCACGCACAUGACGCGCUCGGAGGCGAUCGUCGCGACGCUGGUCCUCCUGGAGGGCUUCGCCGGGAUGGACGUCGUGGACGAGAGCGAACUCCCGAGCGGGGUGUUCAUCGGCGCGGGCCCGGGUACGAAGGGCAACGCGCAGCGUAGAAUGAUCGCCGUGGAGAGCGUGUUGCGCGCGGCGUCGCUGCCGUGCGAGACGAUCGAGGACCCGAGGACGUACGUCAUCGGCGUGCGACGGAGAGACCUCGCGCCGUGGAUCGCGAAGAUGAAGGGGUCGUUUCCCGUGCACGACUCCGCGUCGCUCGCCGCGGGCGCCGCGCCCGUCGUCGCGCGGUGA